GCGCGGGUGCCUCCUGCAGCAGUCGCGCUACUGCCACGCUCUCGGUAGCUUCGCCGGGUCGCGGCGGGACCGCAGUGUUCAGCUCUUCGAGUGCUUGUCUUCGGCAUCGGACGGCACUUCUCUUCCGAUCCACAGUGGCGGGAGAAAGCGCAGUGCCUGUGACGAGUUCCCAGAGAAAGCUCACCGAGCGAUGAUGCCGUAGUCAAGCGCGGCAAGAAGUCAUCAGACCCUUCUACAGCGCAUCGCAAGCUUCUGACAACAAAGGUCGUGCAGGGGCAGCUCCACACGGGUGAGACGCCGCAGUCGUCGAGCAAGUUGUGACGAUGUGUCCGUACACCAGCCCUCGACAGUUAGGCGUCUCGGGCAAACCCCCGGAGUGAAUUACGGAGGUCAACUGCGCCUUCAACUACACAUCGGAGCGCUCGCACGGAAGAAAUGCGCUCCGACGAGAACUCCGAGCGCCGCCGGCCAAGCGCGCGUCACGCAUGUCGUCAGUGCCGGUAUACGUUAUCCGCAGUGGCGUUCCUCCGGACAGCGAUCGGCUCGGCGCUCGUUGUCUCCCUGAUGGCGGCGACCGUCGCUUCCGCGGCAAUAUUGGCCCUGCCGGACCUGAAGAAGUCGCCGCAGCAGCUGCCCAACGUGCUGGCGUCGUACACGACGUUCAACGAGACGGUCAACUUCACUCACUUCGUGGUGGACACCGGCACAGGGCGCGUCUACGUGGGCGCCACCAACUGGCUGUACCAGUUCAACGCAUCCCUCGAGCUCGAGGCCUCGGUGCAGACGGGACCCGUCGAGGACAGCGUGCUCUGCUCACCCUCGGACUGUAGCGGCGUCGAAGCCGAACCGACGGACAACAUAAACAAGGUGCUGGUCAUUGAUUACAAAACUCGCAAGCUGAUCGCUUGCGGCAGCAUCCACCAGGGUGCCUGCCGCAGGCAUGACCUCGACGACAUCACGCAGCAGGAGGCCCUCGUAUCCGUACCCGUUGCGGCCAAUGACCGAAACUCGUCCACGUAUGCGUUCGUGGGACCCGCGCACUAUCACGGUGGUCGAGGCCCCAUGCGAGUCUUGUACGUGGCCACAACCAACAGUCGGCAGGGCCCGUACCGGGACAUGGUGCCUUCCAUCUGCAGCAGGAGCCUGGAUGAACCCGGUGUUCGUCGGGGCGCUCUCGGGGGCUCGUCGGACCAGCCCUUGUUCGCCAUCAUAGAGCAGUCCUUCUCGGCCACGGCGCGCGUGGACAUUGCAAACCACAUCAAGGAUUACUACCUCGUGCACUACGUGUACGGCUUCCACACGGAGCACUUUGCCUACUUCGCCACUGUCCAGCGAAAGAGCCACCUGAGGGCAUCUGAAGAGCUGGGCUACGUCAGCCGACUAGCCCGCGUGUGCACAUCGGACCCGGCGUACAGCACCUACACUGAAGUGACUCUCCAGUGCCUCGGUCCUGAUGGCACCGACUACAAUCUUCUCACCGAUGCUGGAGUCAUGGCGGCCGGCGAAGACGUUGCCGAUGAACUAGGACUGGAGCCUGGCUCAUCAGAUUCACGAGUCCUCGUCGGCCUAUUUGUUGUAAGCGCCGACCACACAACACGGCCCAGCCGACGGUCAGCUGUCUGCCUUUUCGCCAUGACAGACGUGGAGCAAAAGUUCACCGAGAAUGUCCACAUGUGCUACAACGGCAGCGUCCUCACCAGAAACAUGGACUAUAUCGCAGGAAGCAUCAACCAGUGUCCCGAGCCAGGCAAAGCGGGAAACAUCAUCAACUUCUGCAACGAGACCGUCAAGCUCAACGGAUCAGUUCCCAUCUCUGCGAGGGCGGCGAUCACGUACCCUAACGACACGCUGACGUCACUGGCUACCGUUCUUGUGGGACAUCAUAACGUUCUCUUCGUGGGAACUGCUGAGGGAACGCUUAAGAAGGUUCUCAUCACUGGAGCCACAGCCGCUGAAGAGUUUGAGCAAGUGUCCUUAGAUCCCGGACACAAGAUCAUUCCCCAGAUAUACGUGGACGCUGCUCAGAACUUCCUGUUCGCUGUUUCUGUUUACAAGGUCAGCAAGGUUCGCAUCGAGAAGUGUCAGCAGUACGAGACUUGUGAAUCGUGCCUGGCUUCCCGCAAUCCGUUCUGUGGAUGGUGUUCUUUGGAACGGAGGUGCACAGUGAAGGUCCACUGCCAAAACGCCACGGGGACCUUGGCUGAGAGAAGCAGCUCGGCGCGUUGGCUCUCUCUUGGCUCGAACAAGUGCAUCGACUUCCUCGCCGUGCGUCCAGACCAGCUGCCCUACAAGUCCAUGUCCAUGGUGGACCUGGUGAUCAACCAGCUACCGCAGCUUCCAUACGGUGCGCACUACCUCUGCGUGUACGGCAGCAGCGCCCCGAUUCAAGCACGCGUUACGCACUUAGGCCUCGCCUGCAUGUCGCCGCUGGUUGCGGCUAGACCACCCAUCUCGCCAGGGAGAGACCACGUCAUUGUGGACUUGGCUGUGCGCUCCAGUGAGACCGACACCGACUUCAUUCACAGAGAGUUCGUCUUCUUCGACUGCAGUGUUCACAAAACGUGCAAGUCUUGUGUGAUGAGCUCGUGGCCCUGCAAUUGGUGCCUGCACGAGAACUUCUGCACCAGCAACGCUACGGACUGUGCACGACGUGUCAUCAUCGGGGAAAGCAACUCUCACAACUCGCUGAUCAAGGGUCGACAGCAUUGUCCAAGCUUCAGCAUCGACGAUGAAAUUCUGCUCCCCCAUGAGGCACGCAAAGAAAUCGCCGUUGAAGUGAGAAAUAUAUUGACACCCCUGGAAGGAUUUCAAUGCGUCGUCGAAAUUGAAGGUGCCAGGGAACGAGUGUUUGCUCGGCUCCGGGACAACAAAGUCAUCUGCACGGAGAGCACGUACACGUACCAAGCUGAGCAAGGAGAACUACAAGCUUCCCUCACAGUUCUGUGGAAUGGCGACACUUUCAUCGACAAGACGAACGUGACGUUGUACAAGUGCCUGCUGCUGGGCAGCCACGGUGGCCGCCAGGACUGCUCCCUGUGCCUGACGCGCGACAAGCGCUACCAGUGCUCCUGGUGCGGAGGGUCGUGCAACUACGGGCCGUCGUGCGUCGAGCCCGUCACCACGUCGUGCCCACCGCCCAGGAUCGAUUGGAUCCACCCUCUCAACGGGCCCGUGGAAGGAGGCACGUUGGUCACCAUAGAAGGCAGCAACCUCGGCACGAGCGAGGAGGAAAUAAGAGACAAGAUCCUCGUUGGCGGCCUGCCCUGUGUGCCUGUGGAGUACAAUGUGUCAGUCAGAGUCGUUUGCCGGACGCAACCAAGCCCCCAUGGUGCGCAAGCGACGUACGUGGUCAUCGGAAAUCGCGCCGGCAUCACAAAAGCACAGGAAAAGUUUCACUACAAGCCAGUGGAGCUGACCGGAGUGCAGCCCCGCGUGGGACCUCAGUCGGGCGGCACUCGUCUGUACCUGAACGGAACCAAUCUGAACGUCGGAAGUCACGUUAGCGUUUAUCUGGAUGACAUCGUGUGCCACGUCGAAAGGUCUCUUGCAAGCAGCAGCCAGAUCAGUUGCCGAACGUCCAGGUCUCCGUACCCGUCGUAUCAGGUCUCCCAGCUGAUCCUGCGCAUUGACGGUGCCAACCUGACCCUGAGCAACCCAUUUUUCUACACUGAGGACCCUUCUUUGCACAGGAUUCAGCCGCUGAAAAGCUUCCUCAGUGGAGGCAGACACAUCCACAUUUAUGGAACCAACCUGACGUCUAUCCAGCAACCACGUAUGGCGGUGUUCAACAGGUUUCGCCAAGUUAAUGAAACGUCGUGCCACGUGUUGAACGCCUCCGUCAUGGUCUGCCCUUCUCCGGCCGUGCUCCUGCGCAACCCGGGGCGGGACAGCAGCUUUGACGACGAGGAAGAGCUGGGGGACAGCGCCGACGUAGUUGCGCACGCCGUGGCCAGAGGGCAGCAUCAAAGGAACACCGCAGUAAAGCCCAGAGUGGAAUCCGAAGCUGGAUCCGAAGGCGACGAGCUGGAUGCUGUGCGGCUUCGCAUCGGAUUCAUAAUGGACGAUGUUCGAUCGGUACAGGAGCUGAACAAGUUCUACCCUGAUGUGGCUUCGGACCUCACCUACGUUUCCGACCCGCGUUUCUUUCCCUUCGACAACGACGGCGUAAAGCUCUACAAGGGGGAGCCACUCGUCAUUGAGGGUGAAAUGCUUCGAUUGGCCACCACGGAAUCCGAAAUUAAUGUUACAAUCGGCACGCGACCGUGCAACCUAACAUCCCUCAGCAUGAGUCAACUGGUCUGCGUUCCACCAGACGUACAGCCUCCAAGCACCGACGAAAUCGGCCACCGGACAGAGAUGGAUUUGCCUGUUGUUGUGGUACGAGUUGGCAACAAUCUGCGCUAUGAAGUCGGCUACUUGCGGUACGAAGUGGCUAAGAUCUACGAGUUUCCGCCAGAGACUGUCGGAGCCAUCGCAGCCGGUGGAACAGUGCUGAUGCUUUUGAGCCUCGUGACGUUGGCCAUCCUGAAACACAAGAACUCACAGGCCGAGAGGGAAUACAAGAGGAUCCAGCUACAGAUGGACACGCUAGAGAACAGCGUGCGGUCUGAGUGCAAACAAGCGUUUGCGGAACUACAGACUGACAUGACGGAUCUCAACAAUGACAUUCAAGCGACGGGGAUACCAACCCUGGACCAUAAGGCAUACAUUAUGAAAGUGUUCUUCCCGGGUGUACCAAAUAGUCCGAUCUUGCAGGAGGUCAAACAAAUCAACGGCCCUUACAACAACUACGAGGUCGCGAUGACAAAUUUUGAGAUGCUUAUCAACAACAAGAGCUUUCUACUGACGUUCAUUGACACUCUAGAAAACCAGAACACUUUCAGCAUCAGGGACAAAGUGAAUGUAGCGUCGCUGCUCAUGAUCAUAUUGCUCGACAAAAUGGAAUACGCCACAGACAUAUUGAGAGAGCUCUUAAUCCGGCUUGUGGAAAAGUACGUUGGCACAAAGCAUCCUCAACUCAUGCUCAGAAGGACCGAGUCCGUCGUCGAAAAGAUGCUAACAAACUGGAUGGCGCUGUGCAUGUAUGGUUACAUAAAGGAGCACGCCGGAAGGUCUCUAUUCCUUCUAUUCAGCGCAAUCAAGCAUCAAGUGGAGAAAGGCCCAGUAGACGCGGUGACCCACGAUGCUCGUUAUUCACUCUCAGAAGAGCGACUGCUCCGGGAGCAGAUCGAAUACUCCACAGUGGUCAUUCAGGUCGUGCAAGAAGAUCAGGAUGAAAAGGUCUUUUGUCGCGUCAAUGACUGCGACACGAUUAGCCAAGUGAAGGCCAAAGUAUUGGACGCCCUCUACAAAAAUACGCCGUGCUCAAUGCGUCCGCUGAUUUCGGAGGUAGACCUCGAAUGGCGGCAUGGAAGAGGCGGCCACCUGAUUCUUCAAGACGACGACCUCACCACAAAGACUGUCAGCGGAUGUCAGAAACUGAACACGCUAGCUCACUACGGCAUACAUGAUUCAGCCAUCAUGAGCCUUGUCAACAAGAAAAGGCGCUACUGCAAGAACGGUACGGCUACAUAUGGACCAAUCAACACAUUACCAGCACGCAACAACAAUUACGAGGGUCACUAUGGCAGCACCGCGAAGUACUGGCACUUGGUCAAGCCCCUCGAUGACCGCCAUGAGUCGCAGCAGGACCAGCGGCACAAAUCGAUCCCAGAAAUAUUCCUCACCAGACUGCUAUCCACUAAGGGAACCAUCCAGAAGUUUGUAGACGACUUCUUGCACAACAUCUUGACCGUCAACGACGCACUGCCUUGUGCCGUCAAGUGGCUCUUCGACCUCUUGGACACAACUGCGUCCACAUACGGCAUAGUCGACGCGGAGGUGUGUCAUGCCUGGAAGAGCAACAGCUUGCCUCUGCGAUUCUGGGUCAAUCUAGUCAAGAACCCCGACUUCAUUUUUGAUAUUGAGAAGACGCCAAUUUUAGACGCUUGCCUUUCUGUAAUUGCACAGACAUUCAUGGACGCCUGUUCAACAACAGAGCACAGACUUGGAAAGGAUUCUCCAUCCAACAAAUUAUUAUUCGCAAGAGAUAUUCCAAGUUACCGAAGACUUGUGUGCAAGUUCUACCAGGAUGUUGCGGCGUUGCCUCCAGUCUCCGACCAGGAGAUGCGAGCUGCUAUGCAUGCGUUGUCGGUGGCGCAUGCAGGGGAAGUUGAUGUCCUGAAUGCCUUGAAAGAAUUGUAUAUUUAUGUAACAAAAUACUCCGAGCAGAUACUGGAGGCCCUCGAAGAUGACGAGGCGUGCCAGGAGCUCCAGCUGGCCCAACGACUAGAGACUGUGGCGUGCACACUAAGCGCUGAGCGAACUUUGCCGUGCUAGAACUUGUCCUUGACGAGCAGUGUGGCGACCUGUAGCAACGCGCAAGGGACCGGGCCGCCCUCGUUCCAAGGCACACAAACGAUAGUCUCCUAGAUCUCGGGGCCUUCUGGGAAAGCGACUCUCGACGCAGCACGCGUCGGACACCAACGGCGAAGCCAUGUGAUCAACCUCCAUUUGUACAGAACCCAGCACGGCGGCGGAGACUCUUCUCAUUGUGGUGCUUGCAGCGUUGACUUCGUUUCCUGCGGCAUGGUGGAUUUGCGAACGCUGUCGGAGUCUCUUUUCCUCUUCUACCGACGGCAGCCAGCGCCGCGAUGGCGCGUAGCAGUGUGUGUGCCUAUGUGUGAGUGUUUUCUUUUCCAGGGAACCCACAUUCGUGCCUGAGUGUGCGCUUAGGUGCCAGCAGAGAUUAAGCUGCCGUGUCUCUGACUGGUUGAGAGUAUGUAGCGUAUUCCACCGAUUCUGCGCCACGCAAGGAGGCAGGGUGUUUUUUAUAUUCCAAAGUGCGCGUAGGUGUGUUACGGGCGGCUUAGGGAAGCAAGCGACUCGAAGUUGGGAUGGGGUUUGCACCGAGAGGGGAAAUACUUUGGCUUUUAGGUAUGUACCUGGGUAGCAGUAUUCAAUGAUGAAAUCCGGAAGUCACGUACAAAUUAUGUUUUUGUUUUGAAUAUACAGAAAUAGUGUGUUUCUAAGGCUACAAAUUACUCCUUAUCAGUGCAAGAUAAGAAAUUUAUUGAUGCCCAGAGCUGGAAUUUCUGUACAAAAAUGCCACAUCCACAGACUGUCGGUGUUAAAAAAAGGAACUAUUGGCAUUCCACGUGAUAUUUAGAAAAGCUGCCCGGUAUGUAUUCAUUCAUUAUAGUAGGCCUUAGUCUAUUUCAAUGUCGAUAUCACUAUCGUUUUCAUUGCAGAAAAAAAAUUGUGUGCAAGGUACAAAAAUGAUGGGCACCUCUGAGAGAAGUCGAGAAUUCAGGGGACUCAUGAGCGUCUUGCUGUUGCAACGUCGUAACCUUUUCGUAUUUACACAUAUGUAUCGAUAUUGUACGAAAGUGUCGAGUCUUAAACUAAUCUCGGCAUGAGAGUCUGGGCCGCAAAGUUAUGUGUGCCACAGCACCACGUCACACUUAGGGAGUGACGUGGCAAAAACCAGCGAUGUUGGCAUAAUACUUAAGACGAAAAGAAAAGUGAACGCACUUCAUUACAAACGCACGAUGCAGAACUUUUGCCUCCGUGCAGUUCAGCGUCAUGUACGAACCAGGCGUGCUGUUCGUGCGGUGAGCGUUCCAUUGCCAGAAACAGGGUCCUAAAUGUUUUGUUUGUGCAUGUCCUAUGCACCUGUAAUUUAACACGCGGUCCAGCUGCCUUGUCAAUGUUUGCUGUCGUGACCGUCUGAAACGCAGCUUUGAAGAGGCGAAGUUCUGUGCAUGACUAAGCCGUAGUGUUCUAUCAUUUUUUUUUUCAUAGCGAGAGUGCUUUGUCUUCUCACAGUCACCUUCGUCACAUGUGGCAAUGUCGACGAAGAUAGUUUCAAUUUCGAGACUAUUUUUUUACGAAAAGGAACAAGAAACUCAAGUACAUUUACCGCAAUCCUUUGUGAAAUAUGUUGUGAAUAAAGAAUAUGACAGCUUUAGGCA